AUGCAAUGCGCCUAUCCUUCCUCAUCUCCCGCCUCCCGCCUCAUUGGCUCCUCCGCCGCCGUCGCGGGGGCUGCGGACCGCUCCAACAACUCUAUACAGUCUAGGAGCUUCAAUGCUGCCGCCGUCUACCUUACUUCCCCUAACACGGCCGAUAAUCUCCUCCAAAUAGGCACUCGCGAGCGCGGCAAGGCUGGCGCCUACUCUUACCCACUACCUCUACCCGUCUCAAAUUCCCUUUCCAGCCCCAGUCUCUUCCCGUUUGAGCCCUACUGCUCCCUUCUUCGGGACCCUGGCGACCCGUCCGAUCAUUGCCCCAGGGUCUAUUGUGUAGCCGCCCUCCAGACCCGGCCAGUUCUACGCGCCCGACUUCAGACAGACGCCCAUCCCGAUGAGACGUCUGGCCAAUGUCUGUAG